UCUACUCUAAUCUAAUUCUAUUCUCAUCCUUCACAAGAAACAGAAGAAUUCUCAACAUGAAGAUGUUAAUCCUUGUUGCCCUUGCCUGCCUUGCAUCUUCUGCCAGUGCUGAAUUCACUUGUGAAGACUGUCUUUCCUUCGCAGGCAAACUAGGAGAUUACCUCCAGAGUUCUGGAAGUAUUGAGGAGCAGAUUGAGAUCCUGGUUGCUUCUAUCUGCCCGGAGUCUACUGAUCCUGCGGGAUGCGAGGGAGCUGUGAGAAUGUACUGGAGUGAGAUUGCUUUGGCCAUGUACCCUGUCUUCCUUGAGGCCAACAGUGUCUGUGGACUUCUUGGAGCAUGUGUACAGAAGAGUGUUGUGAAAGCACCAACCUGUGAUGAAUGUGCUGGUAGUAUCACUGCUGUUGCCGGUGUCAUUGAGUCUGAAGCUAAAAUUGCAGAGAUCGUCGCAUUCCUUCAAGGUGAGGCCUUCUGUGGAAAGCAUACCGAGUUAGCAGAGUGUGUUGAUGGAAUUGCUUCUCUAAUGCCUCCUGCCAUGCAAGUUCUGGCUUCAGUUCUCACUGAGAGAGCAGAGACAUACUGCUGUGAACUCUCUGAUGAAGGAGUCUGCUGUUAAUGAUCUUUCUGAUGAAGGAGUCUGCUGUUGAAUUGGAAUAAACUUUUUAUUUUAUCAA